ACGUGCUUUUUCCGUUAUCGUUAAUCAUUUACUCCGAAAUCAAUUCGUAUGAAACAAAUAGGAAACCCAUAGCAUAGUUUAUCUGUAGAUAAAGCAUAUCUGCCUCAAUUCACCACUUUUUCUCUUGUGUAUGUAAGCCUAUAACUAACGUAAGUUACGAGUACGAAUGAUGAAGUCAUGGCAGCUAAUGCUUAUACUAUGCAGAUGUUCUAACGUUGUGAGCAGUGUUCGUCAUUUUUUUGAAAAUUUGUUUCGUUAUAAUAAUUUUGCGAUCGAUUAGAAUACUAUUUUUAAAGAAUCAGUUUAAAAAUAAGAUGGGGAAGUUAUUUUGUGGGGUACCGCUACGAAUAAACAUUUUAAUAAUGCUUUACCUGAAUUUGAUAUGGAAUAUCUACAUGGUUUGCGGAUAUUUGUAUUCCUUCAAUGAUGAAAACGGAUUAACAGAUGAACUUGGUUUUAAUAAACUUAUGACAUCUUUAUCGAUAAUAUCUCUGGUAUACUUGACUGCAAUUAUAACUAUCCAUAAGAAAGAAAUCUACAUGUUGUCGCCUACAAUUAUCGUGCUCGUUUUGGAUAUAUUUUGUCUGAUGUACUUCUACGUAAGAUUAAUAGAUCUACAUCUGAUCGAAACAUGGCAAAGCAUAGCUGACCAAACGAUAGAAAAUGUUCCACAAUUUUUUCGAAACUUAAUCGAGCAAGGGAUGUUGACCAUUUUCCUCAUUAUAUUAUCGUUUCCCCUAAGUUUCAAAAUUUUAUCCGUAAUGAUGCUACGUUUUUAUAGGAAUAAAUUGAGGGAAUCGUCCACAAUGUUUCCACCAUUUGCAGAAGUUACUUUGCAUUUUUCUGCACCGCCUUCUUAUGAAGAAUGCGUUGAUAAAGAGUAUAUCUCAGAUAGUUCACUUCCUCCUUAUAGUAGACUUCCAAUUUAGAUCUCUCUACAAAUGAUUUAAUCGAACAUCAAUGGGUAGGUUCUAAAUUUUAAUCAUUCUGAUUAAUAAACAUCGCAAUUAAAUGAGAGCAAGGGGUUUUGGGAUAGGUGUCGAAUAUGCAUACUUGCAAAUCGAAAAUUGAUAAAAAAUGUAUGCUGAAGUUGAGGGCUGUAAAAAAAGAGGCCAAGCAAUGGGCUAAGUAUGCAAUUUGUACAUUGAUUCUUUAAAGUUGCAAUAUUUUUUGAAUAUUCAUUAUUCAAGGUAGAUAAUUUGAAUCUGAGUUGCGUCAUUUUGCAGGAUUUUGCUAGAAGCAUGAAAAAUGUUGUUUUUAAUUUGCUCUAUUUUCAAAAUUGAAGAAAGGUGUGUGAUUGGAAUUUUCAAAAUAAUCUAGCGUCUUCAAUUUAAGGCAUAGGAAACCUCAAAAAAUUGAAACGCCUUCAAUUUUUACUAAACACUCAGGACAUAAAUUCAAAGUGAUAGAGCAUUUUGAAAACGUUAAUAAUCUUAAUGCCAUUUUUGUAAAUUGAAAGAUUCCAACUUUGAAUGUGCUUAAAAAUGAUCAAGAAAGUGCUUGAUCUUGAUCAGUUUGAAAAUUCUAAUCAAUCACGGUUCCUUCAAUUUUAAAAAUAAGCUAAAAUUAAAAAGAACAUUUUAUUAAUUUUUAUUCGUGAUAUUAAGUGUUAUAGAAGUAAUUUUUAUAAAUAAAUUUGAAAAUAAUUUUCUGA